AUGAGCUGCAACGGCGGGUCGCACCCGCGGAUCAACACGCUGGGCCGCCUGACCCGCGCCGAGUCCGGCCCCGACCUGCGCUACGAGGUGACCUGCGGCGGCGGCGGCGGCGGGGGCGGCGGCGGCGGCGGCACCACCACCACCAGCAGGAUGUUCUACUCGCGCCGCUGCACCGUGGCCGACCAGAACUCCGACGGCUACUGCCAAACCGGGACCAUGUCCCGUCACCAGAACCAGAACACGAUCCAGGAGCUGCUGCAGAACUGUGCCGACUGCCUCAUGCGGGCGGAGCUCAUCGUGCAGCCGGAGCUGAAGUACGGCGACGGCGUGCAGCUGGGCCGCAACAGGGAGCUGGACGAGUGCUUCGCGCAGGCCAACGAGCAGAUGGAGAUCACGGACGGCCUCAUCCGGGAGAUGCGGCAGAUGGGCCAGCCCUGCGACGCCUACCAGAAGAGGCUGCUGCAGCUGCAGGAACAGAUGCGGGCGCUCUACAAGGCCAUGAGCGCCCCCCGCGCGCGCAGGGCCAGCUCCAAGGGCGGCUACACCUGCCAGAGCGGCUCGGGCUGGGACGAGUUCACCAAGCGCCUGACCGGCGAGUGUCUGGGCUGGAUGCGGCAGCAGAGGGCGGAGAUGGACGCGGUGGCCUGGGGCGUGGACCUGGGCUCCGUGGAGCAGCACAUCAACAGCCACCGCAGCAUCCACAACGCCAUCGGGGACUACCGCUGGCAGCUGGACAAGAUCAAGGCCGACCUGAGGGAGAAAUCCGCCAUCUACCAGCUGGAGGAGGAGUACGAGAACCUGCUGAAAGCGUCCUUCGAGAGGAUGGACCACCUGCGCCAGCUGCAGAACAUCAUCCAGGCCACGUCCCGGGAGAUCAUGUGGAUCAACGACUGCGAGGAGGAGGAGCUGCUGUACGACUGGAGCGACAAGAACACCAACAUCGCCCAGAAGCAGGAGGCCUUCUCGGUCCGCAUGAGCCAGCUGGAGAUGAAGGAGAAGGAGCUCAACAAGCUGAAGCAGGAGAGCGACCAGCUGGUCCUCAACCAGCACCCGGCCUCGGACAAGAUCGAGGCAUACAUGGACACGCUGCAGACGCAGUGGAGCUGGAUCCUGCAGAUCACCAAGUGCAUCGACGUGCACCUCAAGGAGAACGCCGCCUACUUCCAGUUUUUCGAGGAGGCGCAGUCCACGGAAGCCUACCUGAAGGGGCUGCAGGACUCCAUCCGGAAGAAGUACCCGUGCGACAAGGGCAUGCCCCUGCAGCGCCUGCUGGACCAGAUCAAGGAGCUGGAGAAAGAGCGUGAGAAGAUCCUGGAGUACAAGCGGCAGGUGCAGAACCUGGUGAACAAGUCCAGGAAGAUCGUGCAGCUGAAGCCGCGGAACCCCGAGUACCGCAGCAACAAGCCCAUCAUCCUCCGGGCGCUCUGCGACUACAAGCAGGACCAGAAAAUCGUCCACAAGGGGGACGAGUGCAUCCUGAAGGACAACCAGGAGCGAAGCAAGUGGUACGUGGCCGGCCCGGGCGGCGUGGACAUGCUCGUGCCCUCCGUGGGCCUCAUCAUCCCGCCCCCCAACCCCCUGGCCGUGGACCUCUCCUGCAAGAUUGAGCAGUACUACGAGGCCAUCCUGGGGCUGUGGAACCAGCUGUACAUCAACAUGAAGAGCCUCGUGUCCUGGCACUACUGCAUGAUCGACAUCGAGAAGAUCCGAGCCAUGACCAUCGCCAAGCUGAAGACCAUGCGUCAGGAGGACUACAUGAAGACCAUCUCGGACCUGGAGCUGCACUACCAGGAGUUCAUCCGCAACAGCCAGGGCUCCGAGAUGUUCGGGGACGACGACAAGCGGAAGAUCCAGUCCCAGUUCACCGACGCCCAGAAGCACUACCAGACGCUGGUCAUCCAGCUGCCCGGCCACCCCCAGCACCAGACCGUCACCACCACCGAGAUCACGCACCUCGGCGCCUGCCAGGACGUCAACCACAACAAGGUGCUGGAGGCCAACCGCGAGAGCGACAAGCAGGAGGCCUGGCUGCUGCUGGAGCUGCAGAAGGUGCGCCGGCAGAUGGAGCACUGCGAGGGCCGCACCGCGCUGAGGAGCACCCUGCUGGCCGACCAGAGCUCCUGCCACCACAUCACCGUGAAGAUCAACGAGCUCAAGAGCGUGCAGAACGACUCCCAGGCCCUCGCCGAGGUCCUCAACCAGCUCAAGGACAUGCUGGCCAACUUCCGCGGCUCCGAGAAGUUCUGCUACCUGCAGAGCGAGGUGAUGGCGCUCUUCCAGAAGCUGGAGAACAUCAACGGCGUGACGGACGGCUACCUGAGCAGCCUGGGCACCGUGCGGGCCCUGCUCCAGGCCAUCCUGCAGACCGAGGACAUGCUGAAGGUGUACGAGGCGCGGCUCACCGAGGAGGAGACCGUGUGCCUGGACCUGGACAAGGUGGAGGCCUACCGCUGCGGGCUGAAGAAAAUCAAGAGCGACCUGAACCUGAAGAAGUCGCUGCUGGCCGCCAUGAAGACGGAGCUGCAGAAGGCGCAGCAGACGCACGCGCAGGCCAGCCAGCAGUACCCGCUGUACGACCUGGACCUGGGCAAGUUCGCCGAGAAGGUGACCGUGCUCACGGACCGCUGGGGGCGCAUCGACAAGCAGAUCGACUUCAGGCUGUGGGACCUGGAGAAGCAGAUCAAGCAGCUGCGGAACUACCGGGACAACUACCAGAGCUUUUGCAAGUGGCUGUACGACGCCAAGCGCCGCCAGGACGCCCUGGAGUCCAUGAAGUUCGGGGACACCAACACGGUCGUGCGCUUCCUCAACGAGCAGAAGGCCUUGCACAAUGAGAUCUGCGGCAAGCGGGACAAGUCAGAGGAGGUGCAGAAGGUGGCCGAGCUCUGUGCAAACUCGAUUAAGGACUACGAGCUGCAGCUGGCCUCGUACACGUCCGGGCUGGAGACGCUCCUGAACAUCCCCAUCAAGAGGACCAUGGUGCAGUCGCCCUCGAGCGUGAUCCUGCAGGAGGCGGCCGACAUCCACUCCCGCUACGUGGAGCUGCUGACCAGGUCCGGGGACUAUUUCCACUUCCUCAGCGAGAUGCUCAAGAGCCUGGAGGACCUGAAGCUGAAGAACACCAAGAUCGAAGUCCUGGAGGAGGAGCUGAGGCUGGUGCGGGACGCCAACUCGGAGAACUGCAACAAGAACAAGUUCCUGGACCAGAACCUGCAGAAGUACCAGGCCGAGUGCUCCCAGUUCAAGGCCAAGCUGGUGAGCCUGGAGGAGCUGAAGCGGCAGGCGGAGCUGGACGGCAAGUCGGCCAAGCAGAACCUCGACAAGUGCUACGGCCAGAUCAAGGAGCUCAACGAGAAGAUCACGCGGCUGACCUACGAGGUGGAGGACGAGAAGCGGCGGCGCAAGGUGGUGGAGGACCGCUUCGACCAGCAGAAGAGCGACUACGACCAGCUGCAGAAGGCGCGGCAGAGCGAGAAGGAGAGCCUGGGCUGGCAGAAGCUGGAGUCGGAGAAGACCAUCAAGGAGAAGGAGUACGAGAUAGAGCGGCUGCGGGCGCUGCUGCAGGAGGAGGGCGCGCGCAAGCGGGAGUAUGAGAGCGAGCUGGCAAAGGUAAGAACCCGCUAUAACGAGGAGAUGAGUAAUUUAAGGAACAAGUAUGAGACGGAGAUCAGCAUCUCCAAGACCACCAUCAAGGAGAUCUCGCUGCAGAAGGAGGACGACGCCAAGGCCCUGCGGGGGCAGCUGGACCAGCUGUGCAGGGAGAACCUGGGCCUCAAGGACGAGAUCGUGCGGCUCAACGACAGCAUCCUGCAGAGCUCGGAGCAGCGGCGGCGGGCCGAGGAGCAGGCGCUGCAGCAGCGGGCCUGCGGGUCGGAGCUGGCGCAGCGGCAGCAGCAGCUGGAGGCCGAGCUGAAGCAGCUGACGCAGCAGCGCGCCCAGGACAACGCCCGCCACAAGCAGUCGCUGGAGGAGGCGGCCCGGACCAUCCAGGACAAGAACAAGGAGAUCGAGCGGCUGCGGGCCGAGUUCCAGGACGAGGCCCGGCGGCGCCGGGAGCACGAGCGCGAGCUGGCGCAGGUGCGGAGCAGCCACGACGAGGAGAUCAUCAGCCUGCGGAACCAGUUCGAGGCGGAGAUCAACGUCACCAAGACCACCCUCCACCAGCUGACCCUGCAGAAGGACGAGGACACCAGCGGCUUCCGCGCCCGCAUCGACGGCCUCACGCGCGAGAACCGCGGCCUGGCCGAGGAGGUGCAGCGGCUCAAGGCCACGCUGGCGCAGAGCUCGGAGGCGCUGCGGCGGGCGGAGGAGAGCGCCCAGCAGCACAGGGCCAGCGGCUCGGAGCAGGCGCAGCGGCGGCAGCAGCUGGAGGCCGAGCUGCGGCAGGUGGCGCAGAUGCGGGCCGAGGAGGGCGCCCGCUACAAGCAGUCGCUGGACGAGGCGGCCAGGACCAUCCAGGACAAGAACCGCGAGAUCGAGCGGCUGCAGCAGCUCGUGGGCACGGAGGCCCAGCAGCGCAAGGGCCUGGAGGAGGAGAACGCGCGGCUGCAGCGCGUGCAGCAGGAGCUGCAGAAGGCCCAGAGCAGCGCCGCCGAGAGCCUGGGCCGGCUGAAGGGGCAGGAGCAGGAGCUGGCGCGGCUGCGGCUGGACUGCGAGCGGGCGGCCCAGGAGCGGGCGGCCCGGGACCAGGACGUGGCGCGCCUGCAGGCCUCCGUGACGGAGCUGCGGGCCCAGAAGGCGGAGGCGGAGGAGGAGCUGGGCCGGCUGCAGCGGGCGGCGGCCGAGGACAGCGCCCGGCGGCGGCAGCUGGAGGCCGAGCUGGAGGCCCUGCGCCGCGCGGCCCAGGAGCAGGCGCUGAAGGUGUCCGGCCUGGAGCAGCAGCUGGAGCAGGCGGCCGCCGGGCAGCGGCGCAGCGAGGACGACCUGCGGCAGCAGCGGGGCGCGCUGGACGGCCACGUGCGCGAGAAGCAGCGGCUGCAGGAGGAGCUGCGGCGGGCGGCGGGCGAGCUGGAGGCGCUGCAGCGGCAGCUGGCGCAGGAGCAGGACGCGGUGCGGCAGGCGCAGGCCCGCAGCGAGCACCUGCAGCGCGCCAUCGAGGACAAGAGCCGCGGCCUGAACGAGAGCAAGAUCGAGAUCGAGCGGCUGCAGUCGCUGACCGAGAGCCUCACCAAGGAGCACCUGCUGCUGGAGGAGGAGCUGCGCAACCUGCGGCUGCAGUACGACGAGCUGCGGCGCGGGCGCGGCCAGGCCGACAGCGACGCCGUCGCCGAGCUGCGCGCGCAGCUGCAGACCAGCGCCGACCGCACCCUGGAGCUGCAGGGGCUCAUUACUGAGUUACAGAGAGAGAGGGCAAACUUGAGACAGGAAAUUGAGAGAUUCCAAAAGCAGGCGUUAGAGGCCUCCAACAGGAUCCAGGAGUCCAAGAGCCAGUGCUCCCAGGCCGUGCAGGAGCGGGAGAGCCUGCUGGUGAAGAUCAAGGUCCUGGAGCAGGACAAGAGCCGGCUGCAGCGGCUGGAGGACGAGCUGGGCCGCGCCAAGGCCGCGCUGGAGGCCGAGGGCCGGCUGAAGCAGCGGCUGGAGAGCGAGAAGCAGCAGAUCCAGAACGACCUGAACCAGUGGAAGACGCAGUGCUCGCGCAAGGAGGAGGCCGUGCGCAAGAGCGAGACGGAACGGGAGCGGAGCGAGCGGGAGAAGAACGGGCUGCGCAGCGAGGUUGAGCGCCUGCAGGCCGAGGUCAAGCGCAUCGAGGAGCGCUGCCGCCGCAAGCUGGCCGAGUCCUCGCGCGAGACGCAGACGCAGCUGGAGUCGGAGCGCUGCCGCCUGCAGCGGGAGAUCGAGCGGCUGCAGCAGCGGCCCUACAGCUCGCACCGCGAGACGCAGACCGAGUGCGAGUGGGCCGUGGACUCGGCCACGCUGGUCUUCGAGGGCCUGCGCAAGAAGGUGACGGCCAUGCAGCUGCACGAGUGCCAGCUCAUCGACAAGGCCACGCUGGAGCGGCUGCUCAAGGGCAAGAAGUCGGUGGAGGAGCUGGCGGCCGAGAUGCAGCCCUUCCUGCGAGGCGCGGGCGCCAUCGCGGGCGCCUCCGCCUCGCCCAAGGACAAGUACUCGCUGGUGGAGGCCAAGCGCCAGAAGCUCAUCGCGCCCGAGGCGGCCGUGAUGCUGCUGGAGGCGCAGGCGGCCACGGGCGGCAUCAUCGACCCCCACCGCAACGAGCGGCUGACGGUGGACAGCGCCGUGGCGCGGGACCUCAUCGACUUCGACGACCGGGAGCGGAUCUACACGGCCGAGAAGGCCGUCACCGGCUUCGACGACCCCUUCUCGGGCAAGACGGUGUCGGUGUCCGAGGCCGUCCGGAAGAAUGUCAUCGACCGGGAGACGGGCCUGCGCCUGCUGGAGGCCCAGCUGGCCUCGGGCGGCGUGGUGGACCCCGUCAACAGCGUCUUCCUGCCCAAGGACGUGGCGCUGGCCCGCGGGCUGCUCGACCGCGACCUCUACCGCUGCCUCAACGACCCCCGGGACGGCCAGAAGAACUUCGUGGACCCCGUGACCAAGAAGAAGGUGAGCUACCUGCAGCUGCGUGAGCGCUGCCGCGUGGAGCCGCACACCGGGCUGCUGCUGCUGUCCGUGCAGAGGCGCAGCAUGUCCUUCCAGGGCAUCCGGCAGCCCGUGCCCGUGUCCGAGCUGGUCGACUCGGGCAUCCUGCGCCCGUCCACCGUCAACGAGCUGGAGUCGGGCCAGAUCUCCUACGACGAGGUGGGCGAGCGCAUCAAGGACUUCCUGCAGGGCUCCAGCUGCAUCGCCGGCAUCUACAACGAGACCACGCGGCAGAAGCUGGGCAUCUACGAGGCCAUGAAGAUCGGCCUGGUGCGCCCGGGCACCGCGCUCGAGCUGCUGGAGGCGCAGGCGGCCACCGGCUUCAUCGUGGACCCCGUGAGCAACCUGCGGCUGCCCGUGGAGGAGGCCUACAAGCGGGGCCUGGUGGGCAUCGAGUUCAAGGAGAAGCUGCUGUCGGCCGAGCGCGCGGUCACCGGCUACAACGACCCCGAGACGGGCAGCAUCAUCUCGCUCUUCCAGGCCAUGAACAAGGAGCUCAUCGAGAAGGGCCACGGCAUCCGCCUGCUGGAGGCGCAGAUCGCCACGGGCGGCAUCAUCGACCCCAAGGAGAGCCACCGCCUGCCCGUGGACAUGGCCUACAAGCGCGGCUACUUCAACGAGGAGCUCAGCGAGAUCCUGUCCGACCCCAGCGACGACACCAAGGGCUUCUUCGACCCCAACACGGAGGAGAACCUGACGUACCUGCAGCUGAAGGAGCGCUGCAUCAAGGACCCCGACACGGGGCUCUGCCUGCUGCCGCUCAAGGAGAAGAAGCGGCCGCUGCAGACGUCGCAGAAGAACACGCUGCGCAAGCGCCGCGUGGUCAUCGUGGACCCCGAGACCGGCAAGGAGAUGUCGGUGCGGGAGGCCUACAAGAAGGGGCUCAUCGACUACGACACCUUCCGGGAGCUGUGCGAGCAGGAGUGCGAGUGGGAGGAGAUCACCACCACGGGCUCCGACGGCUCCACGCGCGUGGUGCUGGUGGACCGCAAGACGGGCAGCCAGUACGACGUCCAGGAGGCCAUCGACAAGGGCCUGGUGGAGCGCAAGUUCUUCGAGCAGUACCGCUCGGGCGGCCUCAGCCUCACGCAGUUCGCCGACAUGAUCUCGCUGAAGAACGGCGGCGGCGGCGGCGGCAGCCUGGCGGGCGACGACGUCUUCAGCUUCUCCCGCCACGAGGCGUCGGCGUCCUCGUCCUCCUCGUCGGCGUCCAAGGUGGUGUCGGCGUCCAGCGUGCGGAACCUGACCAUCCGCAGCAGCUCGCUGUCCGACACGCUGGAGGAGGCCGGCGGCCCCAUCGCCGCCAUCUUCGACACGGAGAACCUGGAGAAGAUCUCGGUGACCGAGGGCAUCGAGCGCGGCAUCGUGGACAGCAUCACCGGCCAGCGGCUGCUGGAGGCCCAGGCCUGCACCGGCGGCAUCAUCCACCCCACCAGCGGGCAGCGCCUGUCGCUGCAGGACGCCGUGGCGCAGGGCCUCGUCGACCCCGACAUGGCCACGCGGCUGAAGCCGGCGCAGAAGGCCUUCCUGGGCUUCGAGGGCGUGAAGGGCAAGAAGAAGAUGUCGGCGGCCGAGGCGGUGAAGGAGAAGUGGCUGCCCUACGAGGCCGGGCAGCGCUUCCUGGAGUUCCAGUUCCUGACGGGCGGCCUGGUGGACCCCGAGGUGCACGGCCGCAUCAGCACGGAGGAGGCCAUCCGCAAGGGCUUCAUCGACGGCCGGGCGGCCCAGCGCCUGCGCGACACCGGCAGCUACGCCAAGAUCCUCACGUGCCCCAAGACCAAGCUGAAGAUCUCCUACCGCGACGCGCUGAGCCGCUGCAUGGUGGAAGACGUGACCGGGCUGCGCCUGCUCGAGGCCGCCUCCGUCUCCUCCAAGGGCCUGCCCAGCCCCUACAACAUGUCCUCGGCCCCCGGCUCCCGCGCCGGCUCCCGCUCCGGCUCCCGCUCGGGCUCCCGCUCCGGCUCCCGCGCCGGCUCCCGGAGGGGAAGCUUCGACGCCACGAGCAAUUCCUCCUACUCCUACUCCUACUCCUUCAGCAGCAGCUCCAUCGGGCAUUAGUCCCGGGGCCGCCUUCCUGCCCCGGCCGCUGCUUAGUGAGUAAGGGAACAGAGAGAGAGAGAGAGAGAGAGAGAGAGAGAGAG